AUUCCCCCAUUUUUUUCUCUCCUCGGGGUUUUUGUUUGCUGAGCAUGCCACCGGUGUUGAGCAAGCCGGUGGUGGCUGGGGAGGCCUCCGGCCCUGGUCCUGCCGUUGGGCAGGCUCCCCUGUCCAGUAGCCAGUGGGCGGACACACGAUACGUGCCAGGGGUCGCGCCCCUUCCUGGACUACGUGGGUGAGUUCCGCGCCGUGGCCACUAAGGCCAACCUGCCCCAGUCUAUCGUGUGCCAGUUAUUCAAGGACAACAUGAGGGACCCCCUCCACGGCGGGCUCAUGUACUCUGGCGUGGACAAGUGCGGGGACUUCGAACUUCUGUUCGCUACGGCCCUGCACUGGGACGAGUACCUCCGGGGGGUUGCAGAAAUGCCUCCUCUGGUAGAGAGGAACUCGUCGCCUAGCGAACCGGAGCCCGCCGUCCCGCCGGAGCCGCCCGCCCUGCCAGUUGUCCCUCCGCAGGAGUUGUCUGCUCAGCCCCGCGUCCUGGAGAAGCCUCACGCUUCUCCCCGCGCCCAGGAGAGUUCUCCUGCCCAGCUGGGUUCCCUACGGCUGGGGUCCACGUUCCUGUCUCCGGCCCAGCCGGGUUCCCUACAGCUGCGGUCCACGUUCCUGUCCCCUGCCCAGCCCAGACAGCCCAGCCCUGCUCGGCCCGCCGUCCCUCUGCAGGAGCUGCCUGCUCGGCCCGCCGUCCCUCUGCAGGAGCUGCCUGUUCGGCCCGCCGUCCCUCUGCAGGAGCCGCCUGCUCUGCCUGGGCCUUCGCCGCCUGCUCUGCCUGUCGGCUCGCAGGGGCCUUCGUCGCCUGCUCUGCCCGCCGCUCCCCGGGAGCAGUUUCCUGCUUCGCCCCGCGCCCUGGAGAAGCCUCACGCUUCGUCCCGCGCCCUGGAGAAGCCUCACGCUUCGUCCCGCGCCCAGGAGAGUUCUCCUGCCCAGCUGGGUUCCCUACGGCUGGGUUCCUGA